AAAAUUGUCAAAUUGAAGGUUCCGUUUUGUUUUCUAUUCUAAAAAACGGCAUACCGCCGUGGAAUAUUACCAAAAAAAUGAGCGUUUAUCAGUAAUACCUAACUUUCAUCAUUUACUUCAACCUUCAAAACCCGUGCUGUGCACAAAUCAAGCAUAAUAAACCUGCUAAAUUAUUUUAUUUAUCCAGAAUAGCAUGUAUCCUAACCUCAUUUGAAGUUCGGAUAAAUUAACAAAAAGAAUAUUUGUAAAUUAUUUAAAAAUGCAAAAACUACAAGAUAGCGUUUUUUCUAUUAUUAAAACAACAAACUUAUCUCCAGCUGUGUUCAGCUUCCUACAGCCUAAAGAAGAAUUUGAAGAUAAUACACCAUUAGGUGGGAUUUUAAAAGAUACCAAACAUGGCUGGCUUGCGUUGGGACCAAAAUUUUGUGUUGUUGAUCUUAGAACUGGCCUUAAAGUUGCUGCAAGAACAUUUGGGCACAAAUCCAAGAACUCUCAAAUAAGUGUAAAAUGUGUGGUCGAAUUGCCUAGACCAUUGUCGGAAAACUCUAAACAACUAGUCAUCAGCCUACAAUGUGACGACAUGGGGCUAAUAUGUUUCUUCCACAUAAAUGGGUCUCAAAUACUGAGAUGCAUACAAACGGAAGUUGUUAUAACGCAAUUGAGUGUGUGUGAUGCUUUACCUGAUGGAGUUCUUUCAUGCUUUGAUGGAAUUAUCAUGGCAGGCACUAAGAAUGGAGCUAUAGUUGCUAUUGAUCUCAACAGAGAUAGCUUACGACAGGCUUUAAAAGACACCUCAGAAGGCUAUGAACACUUAAUCCAUGAUGAACUCAGACCAGUAAAUCUAUCUUUCCUUCCCUACAAAGAAAUCCACGAUAUAGAUGAACAAAGAGAGCUUGCUUUAGAAAAUGAUGAUCACCUAUCUAUUUUACUUAAUGAAAAUUCUCUAAUAGAUGGUCAAUUUAUGUUUCGUAAUCCUGAUGGAACUGUACAAAUGAAAGCAAAAAAAGAUCACAUUAGAGUCACAGUUUUACAGUAUUUACCUCAAUUGGCCAGUUUAGCUGUUGGAUAUAAUUUUGGUGCAUUUCAAAUAUGGAAUAUGAUGACUUUGGAUUUGGAAUUUACUUCACAAGUAAAAUUAAAUAUUGAUUGUUUGCCUGUUACACAUUUCGGAUUCCAGGAGCCAUGUGAUGACCCUAGAGCUUUUUGCUAUUUAUGGGUAAUAUAUUCAGUCAUAGAUAAAUUUGAAGACGAAGAAUUCCCUCUGGCCGUAAUGUAUUCAUUGACUUACCAAGGAAAGCGAAUGCUUUCAGACACUAAAUGUCUUUACCAGGAUUUCUCCAGUGCUGCUAUAAGAUUCGAACUGAAAUUGUGUGGAGAAGAGAACAGUUUGCUUUUGGGAGGCAAAUGUGUGUCCUGCCAUACAUACUCUGUGAAUUCAAUGUUGGGUGCCGAAGGGGAGGACAGUAUGCUAAACAUAUGCCAACUAGUUUGGGAGUGUUGGGGUGAGAACCCAAAUUCAUCUUUGCAAUACGGAAUGCUUUUGUUUGAUCUCGACCAAUGGUACAAGGAUCAAAUGCCAGAAACGUACAGUUUAGAAAGUAAUGCUUUUAUGAGUGUGAUCUGGUGCCCGGAGCUGAGCGCCGGCGGUAGCACAAUGCUGGACGUGAGGCUGGACCCGCACUCCGUGGCCGUGUACUGCCAUGCCACGAGACUGGAGGAGCACUUUUAUCCGAAUUCUUUACAGUAUAAUUGCGUGUCGCUGAACACGUCGGAGUCGAGCGUGCUGGGCACGGUGGGCAUCCAGCGGCAGCUGCUGAGCGCGCUGGAGGCGGCGGGCCCGGCCGCGCUGCUGCACCCCGCGCCCCGCGCCGCCGCCGCGCGCGCCGCCGGCCUGGCGCCACUGUUCGCGCCGCCCCCCGCGCCCGCGCCCACGCCGGACGAGCAACGUAAGUUCCUGCUGUCGGUGGCGUUAGAAGCUCGCCUGUGCCGGUUCCUGAAGCGGUGCGCCCACGACUGGGCCACUGGCAGCCACGCCGGCGUUGGCUGCACGCUCUCCUUCAUGAUCGAUUGGUGCUGGUCAAGAGCCCUAGAACUGAAAGAGAACGCAAAAGAAAUAACUUCACCGCUGUUCACAUCAUUUUCACUUCCAGACAGGAACUCUGUCAGAAACCUCGAACACUGUGUUCAACAGUUAAUGCAGUUGACAAGCCUGCUCGAUGCUAUCCUCACAAAAUGCUGUAAUCUCAUCGUUCCCGAUGCCCUGAGUGAAAUCGAGGAGAAGUACAAAGGCAUCGGGACGGUGUCGCUGUACUUCCAAGUUGUGCAAUGGUUCCUACGCGUCGGCUUGCUGCCGGAGAGGCUGGACGCGUACGAGGCGCUGCCGUACCCGGCCGAGCAGCUGCACGCCAUCUACGCCAAGAGACGCCUCAAGCUAAAUCGCUUACAAGACAACGCGUCGCACGAGCUCGGCGCGCAGGCGUCCUGCUCGCUGCUGUACAUAGAUCAACUCAUCGAACAAGAGUUUGCUGGGGAUAGGAUACAUCAGAUGUGGAUGAAGGGCGGCAGCGAGAGUGGCGGCGUGUACCCGCCCCCGUCGCUGUACGCGCUGCUGCGGCUCUACCUGCUGCCCGACAUCGCCGACGAGCACAAGCACUCCCUGGUGCUCUACCUGCUGCUCGACUACUGCAUGGUGUACGACGACGUGCGGUACGAGGGUGUAAUCCGACGCUUGAUGCAGUUCCCAACGAUGUUCGGUUUGAGCAACACCGCCAUCAAAGCCACACAAGCUUUUUGGCACCUGGACCACAGAGAUUUUGAUUUUGCACUAGAUCAACUCCAAUGUCUCACUGGCAACACGCUGUCGGAGUGGCAACACCACGUGGUGUUAUCCUCGCUGCUGGCGCAGAACAAGACUCAAGCGGCCCUACAGUAUCUGCACGUCAGGAAGCCUGCUCCGAUACAGAUGAAGAAUGGCGACUUUAAAAUUCACGAUCAGGACAAACUCGAGGACUGGCAGUCGUGCUGCAGCCUGUACCUGGCGCGGGGGCUGGUGUUCGAGGCGCUGGACGUGGUGAGGAUGUGCGUGCAGAGCGCCACCACCGCCGAACACAAGAAACGAGUCUUGGACUUCUUCUUUAGAGGAUGCCAUCACACUGGGAAUCUAGCGAAGCUGCUGCAAGCUGCGCUACAAGAGUUCGAAGAGGAAGUGUUCAUCAAAUAUCUAGAGAAUUGUAAUGAAUCUCAGACCUCCGAUAUAUUGAUCAUGUACUAUUUACAGCACGCUAGGUACCUAGAGGCGGAACAGUACAACAAUAAGCUGAAGCAAUCCAAGCCCCGUCCCAGGGACAUGUCGACGUCCGUAGAGUCUCUGCAGGACGCCGGCGAGGGGGACGCCCCUCGUGACGUCAUCGUCUCCGUGCUGUGCUCGUCCCUGCCGCGGGUCGCCCGCACCGUGGCGCGCGACUUGCAACAACACAACUUCGAUACUACUAAAGUUUUCGUCCCGCGUCCGAUGUCGGUGUUCGUUCAGGCCGCGUCGCAGAAAAACACAUGCACUUACAAGUCAUCCUUCAUACAGAGCUCGAUAGAGAAUGCGAGCGAGACGUGGGUGAGCAAGCCGAGGAUGCGGCGCGGCAUUAAACGGGCCCUGAACGUCGAAGACACGCCCUUCAUCUGCACACCCAAACUAAUAAAGACACGGAGCGUGUACUCAGAUGAAGCAGAGACUCAAGGCACACCACCAAAACGACCGAAAUUCGACCCUACUUAUUCGCCAAAGACACCGAAAUCCAACAAGAAAGUUGAGAAACUCAGCAGCGAGAUGGCGAGCUUGCUGGAUAUACCGGAGAUGCCCAGUCCUGAUUACAAGCCCUACAGCAGACUGGACGCCGGAACUCCACACAGCAUACUAAAGAUGCGCAGAAACGACGUGACCGACGCGCCGUCGCCGGUCGACUCCCGGUACUUGGGCGAGAGCGAAGACGAAGCUCUGGAGACCGCCAGCAACCACACGCACUGCAGCGACUCCGCCAACAAAUACCUUCGUUUCGCAAUGCCGUCAGAAUCGGCCUGGGUUUCACCGCCGAUUUCAGAAGAUAUACCGACAACGAAUGAGAAAGAACGAUCGUCUGUGAUAAGAGAAAUAGAGAUGGAUGUAUCGAACGACAGUUACGUCACCAGCGCCUCUCGGCCUACGAUUGAAACAUAUCAACCUGCAUCCAGUAUAAAUAUAUCAACUAAGAAAGAUGCUGUCAAAUCUGUGAAAUCAUAUAAAGACAAUGUAAAGGCUAGACGAUCCCUUUCGAUAUCAGUCAACAGCAGUCUAUCAGACGAUCCCAACACGUCCAUAGAAAGCAUCGCCGACAUACCGAUAACGCUUAUCAACCCUCGAUACACUGGAGAGAGGCGACAGUCGCGUCGAGCCUCCACGGAAGCAAACGAGCAAGGAAACAUCGAUGAUGUACGUGCCAAGGAAAUGGAGGCGCUUCGGCGUAGAGCCCGCGCUGACGAACACGCGGAGUGGGAGCGGGACGUGCGUGCGAAAGAGACGGGUGUAUCGAUACCUGCCACGCCCAGAGGGAGGCGGGGCAUCCGAUCCGUUAGUGACGGAAGCACUCCUAAGUCUAAUGCGAGCAUACCAGGAACUCCAGAGCGCUAUGAUUCGCCCAUCGCGACCCCGUUGAGGAGUAGAGUGACCAGAAGCAGAUCCAGGACUCCGGAGCUCAGCCCGCGAACAUCUCCACUGGCCCCCAUACCGGAACAGCCUAAGCAAGAAAUCGAAAGCGAUCCGCAUCCGGAGCGAACUACCCUCAGUGUACCUAGAAAUAGGAGCAGAUCGAAAACUCCCGAUAAAAUCGAGAGGACAAUCAGAGAUUCGCCAAAACUGGAACCGAUCAGAGAGUCGCCGAUCAAAUCGUCUAACACCGAGUCGUCUACGUUCUCGCCAAGGACACGCAGUCUCAGGAGCCGGUCUCGUACGCCCGAAGUUGAAUCGCUGCCCGAACAAAACCCAGCGGAAGUCACUCCCAACAGACCCCUUAGGAGCGUCGUUCAUUCUAAGACACCAGAAAAGAUGUCACCGAGAACGAGUUUGCUGUCUCGAAAGAAGCCGCUGUCGAGAAUGGUAUUAGAGGCGAACACGUUUAAAACUCAACAAACUGAACAGACCGAAGACCAAGAACCAGCGAGCGCCAUCGAAUGCACUCCGAUGAAAUCCAAUAAAAAAGUAUCAAACCUAAUGGACGUCACACUGUCUCCUAUUGUAAACAAAUCGAUACUGCACAGCUCGAACGAUAGCGUCUCCGAGCUACACAAAGAAGACACGGACAAAACCGAUAUAGGCAUGAAGACCUUGCCUGCCUUCACUACGAUACACGAAGUCUGCGCGAAAUCUGUGCUGUGCAGCUACGAGAGCAGCACUAUGGAGACGUCAGAGCUCAUAGAAAUCAAACAGACAGUCGAAAAUAUCGAUAGAAGUAUCGAUAACUUGAAAUCCUUGCCGGCUUUCACAACACUCAACAAUACUGAAGUAGGCAGGUCUGUGCUACAGAGCUUCGAGAGCAGCGUCGAAGCGUCAAGCGCGAACGAAUCGAAAGAUCAACCGAAUACGUUCUCGGCUUUCUCGAAAAUGAUCGAGAGCGACUUCGAGAGAUCCGUUUUGCACAGCUUCCGUAGCAGCGUCGAUGACAAGAGGGAAGCUUCCAGUCUGAUCACCAACGAUAGCGAUGUCGAUAAAGCCGAUGAGGUGAGAAACGAUGCCAUACAGACAGAGAAAGAAAAAAUUGUCGAGAUUGAGAGAGAGAUACAUGAGAUCGAAGGAGACAUGUCCGGUGAUGAUAGCGAAAGUGAUGAAGAGAUUAUUGAGGCGGAGGAGGCCGAAGGAGAAGACGACAGCUCCGAAAGUAGCUCGUCUAGUUCGACAAGUAGCGAGGACGAAGCAGACGUCAUCUCAAUCCAAGACACGGAUUCUGAAGAUUCUAAUCGAAAAGUUGAUGAACAGCAGAAACAAGAAACCGAAAAUGUUCAAGUACAAGCCGGAACUGUUGAAGAGACUUCGAGCAACAACGCGGGUCCGCCGGCCCAGCUCUCCCUCCUCACGGACGACGCUUCCGGAGUAGAAUCCGAUCGUUCAGACAUUCAAUUGAAUUAUUCCGAUGAAAAAGUAACUGAGGACAAAGACACAGUCGACGAAGGAGCCAAUAAAGUUUCAGAACCUCAAGCGCCUAUACAAGUGCACGUUGUAGUGGAGAAAGUAGCUUCAGCCGAGGAUCUUAUGGGAUCGAAAGAAAUUGAAUCAGAAAAUGUGGCGCUAAACGAAAUUCUCCCUAAAACCGAUGACAACAAGGAUGAAAAUGCUAAAACCGAAACGAAAGAUAGCGGAACUAACAAACAAGUCGAUUCCGAACUAAAAGAUAAUGCCCCCGACAUCGUAGUAUCCGAAGAUAAAGAACUAGAAAAAACGGACACGGCAACUGAAGAAACAGUUAAAGGGAGACGCACAAGAAAACGCGCCACCUCCACCGCCUCCAAUCAGUCUAUGGACGAACCCAAAACCCCCGCAACCAGAAAACGAAUCAAUUCAAAUGCUUCCCUCGCGGAGGAACUGACCACGCCCGAGACUGCUGACGUCACGCCGUCCAGUAGAAGAGCCAAGACCCCGACGAGCGCGGAAGUCAGACGCAUAGUCACUCGACGAAUUUCCAAAGAAAUGGGGGAGAAAUUAGAAGAAAGAUCUUUAGAGGAACUGACGCCGAAGAGACGUGCCACACGAUCAAGAAGCAAAAAUAUCGAUGACAACGAAAGCGUCGCCUCGGAAAGCUCCUUUGUGUCCAACAAGAGCAAGGCCAGCGAGGACCUGGACAAGGCUGGGCAGGGUAGAAGAACUAGGAAGUCCGUAGUCGCCACGAAACCGGAGCUGUCUGUCAUACCCGAAGCCGCCGUCGAGGAGAGCAAGGAGGGCAGCGCCAUCAUCGAUGAACUAUCCAAGUCUAGAAGGAUGACCCGGGGCCAGCAAACAGCCCUGUCGACGCUACUGGAGAAGCGGCCCGCCCCCAGAACCAAGCGCAGAAGCAGCGCCGCCGCCUCCUCCAGCGACGACGAGCCGCCCUCCGCCUUCGACGUGCAACCCAUGGACCGGAUCUCGCUCCUAAACAAAACCGACUACGAAGGGAUCCCGGACGAUGCAGAGUUGCAAUCCGAUAUAUCUCCUACCUCUGUAGCGUCGGAGGCAGCUAAAUUUCGCAGAAAAAACAUGACACGAGCCGCAUCCGAGUCGAAGUUGAUGCCAAAACCGGCCAAAAUAGGCAGACGGAUAUCCGUUGACAUUGAUAAUAACUCAGAGUUGGGAUCCCCGGUGGCGUCAGUCAGCGGCAGUCCGGCCCGGGGACGUCGGGCUUCGUUUGCCCGGGCCUGCGAAGCUCUCCUCACUCCCAAGGGCAGACGGGCAUCCACCGACGUUAAGAAAGGAGACGAAAGUCCUGAAGCGUCUCCAGCUCCUUCAGAAGGCGAGGCAGUAUCAGCGAGCCGGCGGCCGCGACGAGCCUCCACGCACUCCAACACCAGCGCCACUAAAACUGAAACUAGCAAAAGAUCAAAAAGACAACAAAAUUAGAUUUAUAUAAGAAUUAAACGCGAUAAUCUAAUAAGUAUUUUUUUAUUAUUUAGUAAAUACAUCUAGGCUUUUCGGUUUUGUUUUUUUGCAUUUACAAUAAAUAAAUAUGAUAAGAAUAAAA